UGCAGGUUCCACCUCAUGGACUCAGGAGCUGAGCAGAGAAAUCAGAAAAUGAUCAGCCAAAUGCCCAUUGAGACCCCCAGGUGUUGCUUCUUCAAUGUCAAGACAACAACAGCCUCCCUGGGCAUCUUCCACAUGGUUAUGAGCAUUUUGCUGCUGGUUGAGUAUUCCCUGGAGGUGGCAAGUGGGAAAGGAUUUUGCCAAGCCCUGGAGAAGGAUUUCUACAGGAUUGCUGAUGUCAUCACCAGUUUCCUCCUGAUCAUCAUGCUGUUCUUCAUCAGCUUCAACCUCCUCCUUGGUGUGGUCAAGAAGAGGGAAUGUCUCCUGAUCCCAUUCCUUGCUCUUCAAGUCAUGGAUUUUUUCCUCAGCCUCCUGGCAAUGUUCAGCUCCUACAUCCAAGUCCCAGCAGUCAUUUCUGUGACCUCCCUUAGACACACGCAGGAGCACUCGACAAUCCCUUUCCUGGCUCUGCAGCUGCUGGAUUUCUGCCUGAGCAUCCUCACCCUCUGCAGCUCUUACAUGGAGGUCCCCACCUAUCUCAGCCUCAAGUCUGCAGACAACAGGGGCUUUCUGCCAACCCUGGAGAUGCUGUCAAAAAAGGAAUAUGCCAGAGUGUUGAUCACCUUCACCAUUGCAUUCAUUGCUGUCCUCUUCCUGAAGGCCUAUAUGUUCAAAUGUGUCCUGAAAUGCUUUCAUUAUAUUAAAACCAUCAAAAUGGAGGAGUUGAAAGCUGACGAGCAAGCACUGGAAAAGGCUGUGCUGCCAUCAUAUGAGGAAGCCCUAGAGUUGCCUUCCAAGGAAUUCCCACCACCUUAUGUAGCAAUCUAAGCUCCACUCAUGGAGAAAAGAUGCCACCAGUGUUGGGGCCUCUUCUUACCCCUUCUCUCAGAUAGUCAGCCUCACUGAGAAGCCCUUUUCUUCAUAGCAAUGUCAUGCUUAGUCCAACCCAGCAUCACCACAAAGAGUGAUGGGGAACCACUGGAGUGGGUGCCUUGUUUUCCUGGGUACCACCAAGCUGCAGAGCUGGUUUUGAGAAACUUGGCACCAGGCACCACUGAGGUUCCCAUCACCAGCCUCUGGCAUCUGGCUAAUGUGAAAUCCUUGCCAGGAUUCCCUUGCCAGGAUUCUGUGAUGCCUGCAGGAUGUUGUUUCUCAUCUGUCUCACACCUAACUCAGCAGCUGAGACAUUGAGGAUGUGGAAUGGGGGGGUGGGAUGGGGUGGGGAGAAUGGGCAAGAAGCUUUUCACUGAGAUAGUCCAGCCCUGAAGCUCUGCUAAUCAGCAUCACUUGAUGAGGACCCUACAGAAGAGGGUCAGCAGAAAAAUGAAGAUUUCCUAUGAACUUCUCUGCAGCUCUCACCCUGUCUGCUUAUGAUGAUGAGCAAUGUGUCUCCCAGAACAUACAAUCUGCUGUUGGAUACCUGAGUGUGGGUUUUGUGGUUUUUUUUUUUGCUUUUAGUAUGACUUGGAAGAUAAGUUUCCAUUAAAAAACUGUUAAUGGCUU